AAUAUCACAUCCUCGCGAAUUGGUGGUCUCCUCCUUUCACGCUCGUAAUGUAACUGGAUGCUCAAACUAUGACACGGAGAUGUCUUUAGGUUCUCCAUAUCAGUAUAAUUUAGCAACAAGGAAUAUUGCACUCUUCCAGACUAAUUUUCUCUUAACCAGAGAUGUUUUUCGAUUGAUCGGAAGUUGCCGAUCUGUCUCAUCUCACUCAGCCCCAGCUGUCCCAGGAGCACCGGUGCGGGUGUGCGAAGGACUAAGGCUUAUUAGUAUCUGUUCUAAAAGACCGAACAGGGCUUCAAGCUAUAAUACUCAGUAUCCCGCAAUGUCGAGGAAGACACAUACAUUAUCAGAUUCAAGAAAAGACAAGAAACCCCAAGCCCCGCGACCGAGCACAAGCGUCGUUCUCUUGUCACCCGAGAACCAAGUUUUAUUGCUGCAUAGGGUACAAACCUCAUCCUCCUUUCCCUCCGCCCACGUCUUUCCGGGCGGGAACCUUUCCGAUUUCCAUGAUGGAUCUAUUCCCGGUCCAGAUGAUGUCAAGCGACAUGAGGACUCGCUCCCUUACAGACUCGGCGCGAUCCGAGAGACAUUUGAAGAGAGCGGCAUAUUAAUUGCCCGUGAAGGAGAUGCAGAUGGGAAUCAUUUAAAUGUUUCUAGUGCCGAGUGCGACCAAGCGCGUAAAGAAAUUUACAAAAAUGAAGUUCGCUUCGUCGAAUGGCUGCGGAGUAUAGGGGGAGUUGCGGAUACAGAUAAUCUUAUUCCUUUCACCAGAUGGAUAACGCCUAAUAAUCAACCCCGACGAUAUACUACUCAGAUGUAUCUUUACAUGCUCCCUCUCUCUAUUAGCGACGAUCCGGUCAUAUCGGCUGCGCAAUCUGAGGCCAUAAUUCCAACACCUGACGGCGGCGUCGAGAUCACCGCAGCACGCUUUGACUAUGCUAGCUCGUGGCUAGAGAAGCAGCGAAAAGGCGAGAUUGUCCUAUUCCCACCCCAGUGCUUUCUACUCCAUCUGCUUGCGCAAUUCUUAGUUGGGCCACCUCCAGGAUCGCUAAGUCCCUCCGAACUAACGGAUUACUACCGUUCUCAGAGGGAGAAGCUCAGAGGUUUUCUCGCGACAGUACCGACUGCGAGCGAGCCGAAGGCCGUGAAGCAUUCUACUGCCCAAAUCCCUUGGGGGGAUAAAGCGAUCAGCCCUCAUGUGUUAGGCAUACGGAAAAGUGACAAGAGAUCCAUAUUAGGACUUGAAAAGCCUGGUCCUGAGCUGAAAGAGACUGAUCGGGGCGGUGAUUGGGAGAGGGUUGUGCUCGUAAAGUUUGACAAGGGCGUAGCGAGGGAGGUUGAGGUCAGAAGUAGGGAAGAAGUGCUUGCGGAAGAGAGGCGACUAGAGAAUUCAGCCAAGGAGACGAAACUGUAAUUGAGGCAUUUUCGUAGCUACUGAUACCUUUGGGACCUGUAAUGCCCAUUGUUGUGAGUGGAUACUUGAUCGAUAUGUAACCUCUGAUACGGGGUCACGUCACGAUACACAUACUACUAGUUAGAUACCCGCAAGAUGUGGAAAAUCGUAAUUUUUACAGCCAG